AGUAAAUCUUGGAUCUGCAUUAUUGAUGAGUUUUUAGUCCAAGAUUACGCCGUUACUUUACGAUACUUAAGCUGGACAUUAGAAUCUUAUUUCCCUAACUACAAAUUAACAGCUGUUUAAUUAUGGUUUAGGAACAUGCAAAUGAAUUUUGAUUUUUUAAUUGAUAUGUUGUUCCACCACUCCUUUGAAGUUUUACUAAAGGGAGAGGCCUGAUAUAGAGAGCUAGACAUUCAAGGUAUGUGGGCCUUAACCUCAAACAUCUACUGAAUGAUUUACGUUUCAUUGCCGACUGACAUAAUAAUGUAACCAUACACCAUGCGUGACUGCAUAAUAUCAAUUAACUUUUCAGUGAUUUAGAAAUCAUAAAACAAAUGUGCCAUUGAGGGAAUCUGAACAUGCAAAGUAGGUCUACAACCCGAGACACUAUCACCAGCCAAAAGGAUGAUAUCAGUUAAUGUUCUUGUAUAAAGUAAAUUAUUUAUUUGAGAUUCUAGAUUGUAAAAGAACAGAUAUAUAGACAUUUAGGUUGCACAGAAUGGGAUUAUUUGUGGUUCGAGUACAGUUUGUUGUGAUGCUAAUGGCGUUCAGGAUGUUAUGGAAGACAUCAUAUGCAAGCGACUGUUCCUUCUAUACUCUUCACGACAUAGCCACGAAUUGGCGAACAGCCCGAUUACAAUGUCAAGCAAAUGGAGGCGAUUUAUUGUCUAUGGAAACAGUUAAAGAAUACCAAUUCAUCAAUAASACAAUACAAAGUCAAAAUAAAGGAAAWAAUGAAUGGCAUAUUGGUUUAACAAAAACUAGAACGGGAUCUUGGAAGUGGAUUAGUGGUUAUAGCUUGACUAUUGAUAAAUGGCAGCCAAACGAACCAAGCGGAGACAGCCAUGGAUAUUGCGUUAUUAUGGCGAAAAACUGGCCACCGGGAACUCAUGGACUAUUCAACGAUCUUAACUGUAAUAUUUACAGAAUGUUUAUAUGCGAAUACAAAAACGACGUCAACCAUACGCAAGGUGUUUUAAAAUUCUGUCCAACUGUAACAACAACCCAACGACCUACUGUGACCCGCUCUCGUCGCACCAACAUCAAAACUACUAUGUCUAAUGAGUUGACCUCGCUAUCUAUGUCACACGCUGAUCCACCGGCCACUCCUGAGCCCUUAACGGAAUGGACUUCAAGAAAUGCAUCAAUACAUGAACAGGAUGAAGAAGACAACCACAAGAAUUAAGAAGACCAUCUGUGCGAUGAUCCAAGGAAGAGAAGAGUACUUCUGACAUUUUGCAAUCAUGUUAUAGUAUCCUGUAUCACAUACUGCACACAGAGGUCCUGUAUAACCGUCACCGCAUUUUGAGAGAUAUCCACCCAGACACGAUCCCUCGAURRGGCAGGCAUGGGUACUWGGUAUUGAGUGCUGAAAUUUUCGAAUCUUAUAACUUGMACUGGAAAUGCUCAGAUCUUUUGUGAAGAUUUCAUAGUCUUUCAUAUUUCCUUUGCUUUCCCAAAGCCAGUAGAAACCUAAAUCUAGGGUGAUG